UCCCCGAAUCCAAUUAUCCAAAUACCCCUAGUCACCAUUUCCUGGUUUGAUUCCUCUCUUCUCAACUACUACUUCCUCUGGUUCCCAUAUUCUUUCUCUCAAUUUCCGGUGUUUUCUCUUUUACUUCGAUCAGAUGAAGAAGUUGUUUAAACUUGCAAAUCGAAGGAUUUCAACCGAAGUUAGGACAAAAGGUUUCCAGCGAAGCUGGAAAAGGCUUUGAUGUGACAAAUUUCUGGUAGCUUCAUCAAUGUUUGAUUAUAUAUGCCCCACAGGCCUGUGUUGGUCAUGCCUUUUAUGAGGUCAAUGGCUGCAUCACUUGUAGUGUGUUCUCGUAUAGUAGGUCCAAUCCGAGUCCUCAUGUCAUACGUGAUACCAUAUUGGAUGCAGAUCUUUGUGAUGUGGUUGGAUAUGGUUACCUACUUGCAUCACCGCUGCCACGAGCAAAAGCUUCGUCGGUACAGAGGGGAGGAAUGGAGUUAUCUAAGUGGAGGGCUCACAAAAGUUGAUUGUGAUUAUGGGUGGAUUAACAACAUUCAUCACGACAUUGGAACUUACGUUAUCCAUUAUCUAUUCCACCCAGAUUUCACAUUAUCAUUUGGUAGAAACAACCAAGGCAUCUAAACAUGUAUUUGGUAAGUAUUAACAUCUAGUACCAAGUAGAUUUGCUGCAUUGUUAUUAGACACUAUUAUGUUUGUAGAUGUCUCAUAGAACAUCAUAUGUUUUGACUUCUGCAUCUUUUUAGCUCUUCUGAAGGAAGUUGUUAGAAAAAGUGGAGUGUAUGGACAACCAUAACAUUUCUCAUUUCAUCACUGUUGUGUAGGUGCUUUUUAAGUUUUGUUUUGGAUUUUGAUUUAAUUGGGUAAUUGUGGUUCUGUGAAGUGGAUUUUGUUAAUAGAGGUGAAUUAGUUUUUAUGUUUGUGUGAUUUAUGUUCAUAGCGACUCAAUCAAAAAUAUUGACUGUCUGAACCAUUCUCUAGUUUUUGUUCGCUUUUACAGUAGAUUCACUCUCUGAAGUCAUGGUAGUUGCCCUGGUUUUCCAUCUUUAUGAAAAUGGAUGUUCUCUUAUCCUCCCUAUAGAUCUCAACUAAGUUUCUUUUUCGUUCUCGGCAAAAUAAGAUAUGGGUUUUGUUAAUCAGCAAUUCAUUUUCUUAAUCUAACCCCUUUUCUUAAUCUUCCGUCACCAACAUAUUCAUUAGCAGGUACUAAGAUCCCUGUCUUAAUUAGUGGUACCCAAUGAAAUUGUUAGUCCUUGGUAACUAGAAAUACUUGGUUAGAUGUUGUUAUGUUCAAUGCUUCAGUGAAUUUGAGCUGAAUGAAAUUGUGUUUCAGUUGAUUCUAAGUGAAUGGUUAUCUUCAAUUUGACAAUGUUAAUAACCGUAUCCCUUUUCCUACUUAGAUGCAUCUCAAAUGAAUCAUGUAUCAGUGAAAGAAUUUCUUUGGAAGUUCUUAAUCCGUGUAUAAAUAUGUAGGUUUGAUUUACAAGUGUUUACUAUUAGAAUUUGCUAUGUAGAUUGUGAUUUCUUGAAAUGAAUACCGAUUUUUUAUAAUCAGAAUGAAGAGUUUUAGGUUUUGAAAGCUCAGGGUCUUUAUGAAAUUGUUGGUUUUAGGACUGAACUUUGUCGAUUCAGUGGUGCAAAGAUCUACCCUGGUAGGGGUAUUAGAUUUAUCAGGAGCGAUUUUCGGGUACUCUAUUGAUGUGCACACAAUUAAUUGUUACUUUUUUUGUUUUUAUGUUGCACUCUCCUGUAUGGUGCUCUGGGUAAUGAGUUUGUUGUGAUCUUUUGCCGUAGGUGUUCCUUUUUGUCAAACUCUAAAUGUAAGAGGUACUUCCGCAACAAGCUUAAGCCAGUAGGUGGUUCAUUAAGAAAAGCUUUUGAUGAAAUUUUUUUAAGAAAAAUUGCUGGAUGUUAACAUUCUCUUGGGUCUGACAUUUGUUAAUUUGAAGUUGUGUUAUUUAUAAAACAAUUGUUAACAUCUGUAUGAACUCAUUGUUCAGGUACCAUGUAUUCUUCAAGUAAGCACUAGUUAAGUUUCUUAUCUAUUUGAGUUUUAAGUAUUCAUUUUUAUUGUGCAUUUGUGAUAGCAAUUUGCACCACUUCUUCCGUAAUUCAUCAAGUUAAAGGUCAGUGAAAGAGUGAUCUGAUAGUUAAAAGGACUCCACAAAGCUUACAAAUCUGGAACCUUGUUAAGGAUGGUUGCUGACUUAGACUUUAAGCCGACAAUGCCAGAGUUCAAGUCACCGCAUACUAAUCUACUUGGUUUUGUGUUUAGAAAAUAAUGGAAAUAAUAGUUGUGAUUAAACUGUUGCCGGAGUAUUCAGGAACUAGAAGUUCUAGCAUUUGCCUUUGCUUAGUUAUGAAAGCAUUAGGCUACAAGCGUAUUUUAUGUAAUUGGCCUACAUUUUUUGCUAAAGAUUUUGGAAACUAAUGAAAACUGGAGUUGCCAUUAACAUGUUGCCAAAGUGUACAGGAACUAGCAGUUGUGUGUGCCUAGUUCCGGAAGCGUUAGGCUACUAGCGCAUCUCAUGUUGUUGGCAUGUGUUCGUUGCUAAACAGUUCAGAAACUAAUAAAAACAGUAGUUGCGAUCAACUUGUUGCCGAAGUAUAUAGGAACUACUAGUUGCCUUUGACUAGUUCCGAAAGCCUUUGGCAACUAAUUUUUCUGGGCAGUUGCCGGAUUUUAGUAGCCUUUUCUCAGGUUUUUUGUAGUGGCAAGAUGGGAAGCAGUAUGCAAAGAAUUGAAGGGAAGAAUCUCGGAAGAGGAGUUGGUGCGAUCGUUCAUCUAUGCUUUAUCAACCGGGCAGCCGUUAUUUUCUGCACUAUUCAAGAUAAGAAAUGCAGUACGAAUGAAGGAGUUGAAAAAAUACCAAGCCUAGCACAUUCGUAUGGAGGAAGAAUAGGAAAGAUACAAUGAGAUAAGAUAAAUGUA